AUGCGUCGAUUCUUUCCUUCCUUCUUACUCUCCUUACUUUCUCUUCUUUGCUUCUCGCCCUACGCUGCGAUCGCGAAUGCCUCGGCCGACUCCAUUUCCGACUCCCGAUCCGACUACCAUGAACAGCUAAUUUUGCGCCCGCUACCGUUGUCGGCCCUCCUCGCCAGCUUCAACUUCCGCUCCAACACAUCGCUCUCUGCCUUCGAGGCGCACAACUUCCGUUUCUUCCCCCGGUCGCUGGGUCAGAUCCUCGAACAUGCCGGCACGCGCGAGUUGCACUUGAGGUUUAGCUUGGGAAGAUGGGAUGCCGAGAGCUGGGGCGCCAGGCCGUGGAAUGGUGCGCGCGAGGGUGGAACAGGUGUUGAGAUGUGGGCGUGGUUGGAGGCAGACACAGACGAGGAGGCCGAUCACAAAUGGCUGACGCUCACCAACGCGCUGUCUGGCCUCUUCUGUGCUUCCCUCAACUUCAUCGAUAGCACCCGAACCACCCGUCCGGUCAUGUCCUUCCAGCCCGAGGGCAACCACAUCGAUGCGAACGCGACGAACAUGCACCUGCUAUACGGAGUGCUUCCCCAUGAAGUUGUCUGUACCGAGAACUUGACACCCUUCCUUAAGCUUCUUCCAUGCAAGGGCAAGGCUGGUAUCGCGUCAUUGCUUGAUGGACAUAAGCUCUUCGACUCUUCAUGGCAGACUAUGGCGAUCGAUAUCCGGCCCGUGUGCCCGGAGGACGGCGAGUGUGUUUUGCAGAUCGAGCAGAGCAUUGACAUGGUUCUGGAUAUUGAUCGAUCCAAGAGACCUAGGGAUAACCCGAUUCCCAGGCCACCUCCGGCUCACGACAUCAAGUGCAAUACCUCGAAGCCGUACCACGCACACGAUACUUGCUUCCCUACCGACUCAGCCGCCAACCAAGAUUGGUCGUUAUCCCACAUCUUCGGUAGGCCUAUCAAGGGAACCUGCCCACUGACCGACCCUACCGUGUCUCCUGUCUGCAUCCAAGUUCCCGAUUCGCGCAUUGUUUUCGCCUCCGAGGGCGCUAUCGAGAAGAAGAACCCCGAUCAGGCCUCACGCUGCUUCGAGUUCCCCGCCGAGAACGACUUCGAUAUGUUCCUCCCUGCCCCCGAGACCCAGGACGGAUCAGUAGUAGUCGAACACCUCGUCAAGCCCGAAACGCCCCUCCUCUACGCCGAACGCAGUUUCACCGGCCACGGCCAAGAACGCGGCGGCGUCCAGACCAUCCUCCGGAACCCCAGCCCCGACCAGGAAGUCGAGUUCAUCUACAUGGAAUCCCUCCCCUGGUUCAUGCGCAUCUACCUGCACACCAUCUCGGCCCGCGUCGACGGACAACCGGGCAAGGCCGACUCCCUGAUCCAGGAAGUCUACUACCGCCCCGCCGUCGACCGCGCGCGCGGAACCCAACUCGAGGUCCGCAUGACCGUCCCGCCCGCUUCGACCGUCUUCCUCACCUACGACUUUGAGAAGUCCAUCCUAAGGUAUACCGAGUACCCGCCCGACGCGAAUCGCGGGUUUGAUGUGGCUGCUGCUGUCAUUACUAUCUUGAAUAAGGACAAGAGCAGUGGCAGUGGCAGUGGAAACUCGCGGUUUGCGGCGUAUAAUCUGAGGACGACGACGCUGCUGUGCAACUUGCCUACACCCGAUUUCAGCAUGCCGUAUAACGUCAUCAUUUUCACCUCGACGGCUAUCGCCCUGGCAUUUGGCGGCAUGUUUAAUAUAUUGGUGAGGAGGUUCGUGGCGGCGAAUGAGGGCCCGGAGAACGGGUUGAAGAAGGGGGUGGAUAAGUUGAAGGCGAAGUUGGCGGGGGUUUUGAAGAGGAAGGGGAGUGCUCCGGCUGUCACUGCGGAGGAGAAGAAGGCGGAGUGA